GACGGCUCCAUCCUCUUCCUGCCCAUCCUGCUGCCCCAGCCCGUCACGCUGAAGUCUUGGAGGAAGAGUGAUGAGGAGGAGGUCACCAUCACCAUCCAGCAGACCAAGGUGCUGGAGCCCAGCUCAGAUCUCUGCAUCCCCUUCUACAACGUGGUCUUCAGGAGAGCCUUAGAUAUGAAGCUUAUUGGGAGGAAUUUCUUUGAGCCUGACCAGGCUGUUGUGUUACAUCACUACAGAUCCAGCAUCCGCAGGAGGGACGGGGGCCUCUUCCUCUUGGUGGAUGCCAUCCAUAAGAUCAUCCGCAGCGAGACUGUCCUCAGCUUCAUGCAGAAUAUCUACAAGCAGAGCGUGGGCAGCUUCCAGGACGAGUGCAGCAAGCAGCUGGUGGGCAGCGUGGUCAUCACCCGCUACAACAACCGCACCUACCGCCUCGACGACGUCGACUGGGACAAGACCCCCAGGGACACCUUCACCCUGGCCAACGGCCAGGAGAUCACCUUCGUGGACUACUACAGCAAAACUUAUGGGAUCACCAUCAGGGAGCUGGAUCAGCCACUGCUCGUCCACAGGCCCAAGGAGAAACAGAUGCCGUGGGGGAAGGGCCAGCUGGACGUGGUGCUGCUCGUGCCAGAGCUCACCUUCAUGACUGGGCUGCCUGACAAGAGGAGGGACAGUCGGAUGGUGAAGGACGUGAUGCGGGAGCUGGCGCAGAGCCCUGGGCAGCACUACAGGCGCCUCACCAGCCUCCUGAAGAGGAUCCAGGAGCACCCUGAGGCCUCCCAGGAGCUGAUGCGCUGGGGGCUCAGCCUGGACCCCGAUAUCCACAGGACCCAGGGUCGAAUCCUGCCCGCCGAGAGGAUCAACCUGAGGCACAGCUCCUUCUUCCCCACUGAGGACCUGUGCUGGAACAAGGAGGUGACACGAGAGGCCUCCAUCCUGACGGUACCCAUGAAUUACUGGAUGCUGGUUUACCCCAAGAGGCUGCAGGACGUGGCCAAGGACCUGGUGGCCACCAUGGAGAGCACCUGUGGCCCCCUGGGCAUGCAGGUUGGGCCACCUGCCCUGGUGGAGCUGAAGGACGACCGCAUCGAGACCUACGCCAAGACCAUCCGAAACGUCCUGGGCACUGAG